GAGCGGGCACCGUGAUGAGGCUCACGCACGCUGCCGAUGCUGGUGCCGCUGCUGCUGCUGCGGGACUGACGGCGUGACGCUGAAGGUCACACCGUGAACCGGUCCUCCUCCGUGGCUCUGUGCGCGUUGGAUGCCGGGAUGCACGCGUCUCCUCUGCUCACGGCGGUCGCGGUCCUCUUGGGUAUCCAGAUGACAUAUACCCAGACGGAGAUGAAGAGGGUUGUUGGAGACAAUGCCACUUUGCCCUGCCACCAUCAGUUCUGGGCGGCCGAUGACCCAACAUUGGACAUCGAGUGGCUGUUCCUUAAGCCAGCUAACAGGCAGAGAGUGGUCAUCACCUACUUUGCUGGACGUGUUUUUGACCCCAACGAGGCGGAGCGUGGCCGCGUCGCCUUCGCCGGAGAGUACUUAAAAGGCGAUGCCUCACUGCUGAUCAGUGACUUGACUCUGACGGACUCGGGCGAGUACAGCUGCAAAGUCAAGAAUGGCGCUCAGUACCACUGGAGCACCAUCAGCCUCAUCGUUCUUGUGAAGCCGUCAAAGCCUCGGUGCUGGAUGGAAGGCAAACUGCUGGAGGGUGGAGAUGUGAAGAUGAGCUGCAAGUCUGCCGAUGGCUCUGAUCCGAUCCACUACAAAUGGGAGCGAGUUCUGGACAAGGGCAAAUACGUCGGCAAGCUGCCUCCUCUGGCUCUGAUAGAUUUGAAAAAUCCAGAGAUCGUGACACUGAGGAACUUGACUAAGGACAGCACCGGUGUGUACAAAUGCACCGCCAGCAAUGACGUGGGUGAAGAGAGCUGCACCGUGGAGGUGAAAAUGCACUAUGUGCGGGGCAUGGGCGUGGUAGCAGGAGCAGUAGUGGGUGUGUCUUUUGGCGUUCUCCUCAUCAUCCUCAUCAUCUGGUUGGUGUUCCGCAAAAAGGAAAUGAAGAAAUAUGAAGAAGAGGAGACUCCAAAUGAAAUCAGAGAGGACGCAGAGGCUCCGAAAGCCAAACUGGUUAAACCCAACUCGCUCUCCUCUUCCCGCUCUGGCAGCUCUCGCUCAGGCACCUCCUCCACGCAGUCCAUGGUGCACAACAUGGCACCCCGAGGCCCACGGCCAUGUGUUCCUGCCGUGGUGGCCCUCAAGGAGAACUGCCAAGCCUCCACCUUCUCUCAGUCCCCCCCUGGCUACAAUCAGGCAGUCUCCAAGACCCCUGAACCUCGUACGACACCCACCUCCACGUCUACCUCCAAACCCAGUACUCCACCCAAAUUGAGCCCUGGGAACCUGGCCCGGAUGGGGGCCACUCCUGUUAUGAUCCCAGCCCAAAGCAAGGCCUUCCAGACUGUGUAGUCGACCGGACAGAGAGAAAACUGUAAUCACACAGCCUCAGGACACGGCAACCAGCUGAACCCAAGAGUUAGAAGCUGACAAAGACUCAGUCACGUGUGGAGACAUUCGUAGUUGGACUGACACUUUCACUUUUUAACUCUUGUGACAUCACUCACUUUACACCAACUCUAAGGGAACAAGCUUCUUCUGAUGCUGAAAAACUGUCAUCUGAGCAACAUCUGUGAUGAAGGUAACGGCACCAGGAUGCAGGAUGCAGAAAUGAAGGUUGGCGGAUCUGAGGCAGCUCUUGACAAACUUGGGACUGAAUGUGACAAAGUGUGAGCCAGGCCAGGAUCCGAUAUAAAGAAGACAUCACAGAAACUGUUCGCUCAACAUUGAGGGGGAGAAGUUGGGUUGGGCUUCAUGAAGCCAGUGUGUGAUCUGUCCAAUGGCUACAACAUUUUAGAGUGGAAUCAUAGAAUAAUAGAGUUAGCGAUUAUAAAUUCAUUGCUUAGUCUGUAAAAUGUUAGAAUAGCAAAAAUGACAUUUUUAUGAACACAAGGAAACAUCUUCAAAUCAUAUUUUUGAAUUGCUUUGACCAAACAACAUUCCAACAUCCAAA